AUGACAGAGACGAUGAUGGGAACACAUUCUCAGGACCCUGCUUCCGAAUGGGCUCAAUUCGACUUUGGACCGCUCGAUCCAACGUAUCCAUCGCUCGAUACCGACUUUGACUCGACUCCACCGCUGCCUCAUUUCCAUCAGCCUUUGUAUGGGGGAUUUUCUAAAGACAUUGGCAGUGUGCUAGACGAAAGUCAUAUGCACCACAGCCCGUCUAGCUCGUCUCAGUCCAACGAGGCCCAUGGCAUGCCAGCGCCAUUUACGAUGGAUCAGCCCCAACUAUCCCAUGAGCAAGUGGCUGCUCUAGAAACUUGCUUUGUAGCUGCUCCAAGGCCGAAGAUCGGCUUCAAGAGAGGGCUUGCUGAGAAACUAAAGAUGGAUUUACCGCAAGUCAACAAUUGGUUUCAAAGCCGUCGGCAGGAGACCAAAUCUCAGAAUGGUCAUGACAAACAAAUUUCCGACCUGACGAGUAACAAUCCUCCACUGACUACUCUCGCCCAGCCCACGGCGAUGCUUACAUCCGAGACACAAAUCUUAGGCGACCCAUUUUCAGAUCAACAAGCUCUUCCAGGACCCGACCCUUUCCCAUACAAUUUCGACCUCAAUGACUAUGCCUCACACCUUCAAAGCCAAAUAGUCCAGUCUCAAUCUGCCAGUCGAUCCUUUGAUCAUGGCAGCAGUGAUGGUCGCCUGGGGGCUUUUCAAGAGAAAACAGCCUCUGAUCCAUCUUGGAUGAACGAUCUUCAGCACAUCCCAGCCAGCCAGCCUUUCACCAUGUCUGAGGAUUAUCGUCAGGAAACAGCAACCUCUAUUUCGCCCCCAGCACUUGCAGCCUCUCAAGUCUUUUCUUUUGACGACAAUCGGAAAGAAUACGUAAGCCCAAUCUCUCUCUUGCAGAAUAUACCAUCUGGAAGCGGUAUACCCGAAGAACCGUCAUCUUUGAACCUCAAUUCCGACCCGUCCCCUGUUGGCGAAGGUCCCCACCCAACUCCGCCUCCAAUGCCGUGGUUGACCUCAGAAUUCGACAAUCGUCGGGCAUCGGACUCGUCAGAAUUAGCUCACAACGUCGAAGAAUUACACCUUCAGCAUUCGACAUCUGCCCUGGCUUUAGCAAGUACAAGAUUGGGCCCAUCAUCGCAUUCAAGCGUGAUGUCAACGAUAGGUAUCAGCACCCCUGACACAAGUCCCGAACAGACAAUAGGGAAGCCACUUGCUGCUGCACCAGACUUAGCUUCUCGAAGAAAGCGCCAUCGUCCAGCAGCUCUACGUCCCGAAUCGAAUCGAAGUGUAUCGUUUGCCGGGCCAAAGACCAAUUCCCCACAUUCGAGAAACUCCUCGGUCAGCCUCGGGCAGUCAAGUCAGGUUCGACGCAUUCAAUCCUCAGGUCAACUCCCGAACAACAAUCAAUUUCGGGUGCACAAGUCAACGAACAGCUCUAUGCAAAUCUCGCCACGUAGCCUCCAGGCACAUAUUGAUAAGCAUUCCUUGCAUCAAACCGAGAGAAGAUCCACAACAGAACCUAUUCCUAACCAGGCAUCGUGUUCAGCUUUGCAUCACCCAAAGAGCAAACCAUCUGCAUCCGCGGCCUCUGCCCACCAUGCCCCAGGCAAAUUCGUCGGUCCCCAAUCUGCCUUCAUCUCAGCCUCAGCUUCCACUCUCGAUCCAGGUUCCAAGCCAGCACAGCUUGCAAACACAAGUAUAUCAUGGCCCCCCCUCUCUGCUCCACCUCACCAAACUACGUUCUUCGAUGAUUCACCUGCCCAUAACGGGCCUUUUCCUCCUCCAAACUCACAGCAUCAGACCUUCGCAUCUCAUGAUGGCGCUUAUAGCACGCCUUCUCAUCAUCCGUCGACGCAAUUCACACCACAGGGCCCUGGUGGAUACCUACCUCCGUUUGCACCUCAAUAUCAUUUUCCGCAAGACGGUUCCCCUUUGUCUACUUAUUCAGGAACUGGCUUCUUGCCCAGCUAUCCACCUACUGGACAGCCUACGACUCCAGUUGAGCUUGAUAUUAAGAUCGACAUUGGCCCUGAGCCGAAGCUGCCAUCACGAUUCGACAAUUGCUCGUUUCAGAAUACAUUCGCAGUCACGUAUACGCAAAAUGGGGACAAGAAGUGA